AUGGACAAAUGCUUCCAGUGCCCAGAAGAUCAGUAUCCAAACCAUAACCAGGAUUUCUGCCUUCUCAAGUACAUCUCUUACCUCUCUUAUGAAGAAACAUUAGGAAGCAGCUUGAUGACAGUGGCCAUUAUCCUUUCUUUCACCACAGUUCCUGUACUAGGCAUCUUCCUGAAGUACCACAACACUCCCAUUGUCAAGGCCAACAACCGCAGCCUCUCCUACACCCUCGUCAUCUCCCUCCUCCUCUCCUUCCUUAGUUCUCUGCUUUUCAUCGGUCAACCCGUGAAGAUGACUUGUCUCCUUCGACAGACUGCUUUUGGGAUCAUCUUCUCAGUGGCUGUUUCCUUGGCUGUUUCCUGUUUGUUGGCCAAAACUAUCACGGUGGUCUUGGCUUUCAUGGCCACCAAGCCAGGAUCAAGGAUGAGGACAUGGGUGGGGAAAAGACUGGCCUUUUUCAUAGUUCUUUCCUGCUCCCUUAUUCAAACUCUUCUUUGUACUGUGUGGCUGGGAAUCUCACCCCCCUUCCCGGACUUUGAUAUGCGCUCCUUCAUCUCUGAAAUCAUUGUGGAAUGCAAUGAAGGGUCAGUUGUCGUGUUUUAUAGUGUCUUGUCUUUUAUGGGCUUCCUGGCUAUUGUCAGUUUUAUUGCAGCUUUCCUAGCUAGGAAGGUACCACACACUUUCCAGGAAGCCAAAUCCAUCACGUUCAGCAUGCUGAUGUUCUGCAGUGUGUGGUUGUCCUUUGUCCCUGCCUACAUGAGCACCAAGGGGAAGUACAUGGUGGCUGUGGAGACUUUCUCCAUCCUGGCCUCCAGUGGUGGGCUCCUGGCUUGUGUCUUUUUCCCCAAAUGCUACCUUAUUAUAAUUAGACCUGACCUUAAUAAACGGGAGCACUUAAUAAAAAGAGUAAAUUAA